AUGACUGGAGAAUUUGAUACCCCUGGUGACUCUGAGAAUCCAUUAUAUGUCAUUUUCACUUCUGGGACCACGGGGAACCCGAAAGGCGUUGUUAUUCCCCGCCGAUGUGUGGAAAAUUAUGUUAUGCAAGGACACAAGAGAGCCGCUUGGGGAGUUUUCUUCAGCUGUCUCUGCUAUGGGGGCGUUUUAGUUCUGUCUGAACCGGACAGGGUUUUGGAGGACGCAAAGAUCUGCACCAUUCUUCCGGCAACUCCAUCGCUCCUUGUCACGUUUGGGGACCCUAACGGAUAUCCACGGCUCAAGAAGAUCUUUCUUGGAGGUGAAUCUCCAAGUUUAGCGUUGAUCGAGCGAUGGUGGAGCCCACAACGGCGAAUCUUCAACUGCUACGGGCCAACGGAGGCCACCAUCUGUACCAGUAUGGCCGAGUUGCAACCUGGAAAUCCAAUUAUUCUUGGAGAAGCGAUGGCGGAGACAGAAUUGCUAAUUCUAAAUGAGCACCUUGAGGAAUCUGAUGAGGGGGAAAUUUGUAUCAGUGGACCCGGUCUGGGAUCUGGGUACUAUAAGAACGAAACAUUGACUUCUGAAAGAUUUAUUAUGCGGAAUGGCAGUAGAGUGUACCGGACACUUGACCGAGCUCGCAGAGAACCCUGGGGUAUUGCUUUUUGUGGCCGGGAGGAUAGCAUGGUGAAGAAUAGAGGUAACCUUAUCAAUAUCGAUUUGGACGUUCUUCCUAUCCUGACUUCAUACCCGGGUGUAUGUUCAGCGGCUGCUUUCAUGCACGAUGGUAGAUUGCUGGGAGCUGUCACUCCUGAAAGCAUCAAUGUCACAGAGAUGCGACUGCAGCUAUCUGAUUCUCAUGAUAAGUUCGUCGUUCCUGAUCAAAUAAUCGCCUUGCAAGAGUUAUGUCGCACAUCCAGUGGAAAGAUAGAUUUGAUCAAGUUGCGAGGCUAUUUCAAGUCCAUAUCUGAAAGCAUUUUUUCGAAUACUAUGAGCGGUACUCCUUCAGAAAUACUUCAAGUAACGGUUGCUGAAACACUGGGGCAUUUCGUUGGCUCAGUAACUACUCAUUGCAGUUUCUGGGAGCUUGGUGGAAACUCCCUUCUUGCUAUCAAGCUGUUGUCAAGCCUGCGCCAAAAAGGGUAUGAACUCAGUUUUCAGGAUUUAUUUGCGCCAGUUUCCUUGGCUAUUUUGUCUAAGCGGCUGGAGCCAGUUAGUGCCAAAAAAGAGACACAGUCAGUGCCUUCAAUGGAUAGCAUGCAGAAUAAUUCCUUCAUCACGUCCGCGAUUACGGCAACACAGAUUGGAAUGAUUAGAUCUUCGAUCAAAAGUCCAGGGACAAGUUACAUGCUGGUGACCAUCGAGCUUCCUUGGAAUUCCGAAACGGGAUACAAUGACAAAGUUCGAAACGCCUGGAAGGUAGCUCUAGAGCGGCAUACUAUAUUCAAAACAACAUUUGAUUUGAUUGAAGGCAUGCAGAAAAUCAGUCCUGAGUACCAUCAUGACUGGGAAACUCGUUGGGUGGCUGAUGAAAAGUUUUCCUUUGCUCUCUUGGGUGAAUCUGAAGAGUUGAUCAAAAGCACAGUCCAUGACGCAGAUAGUAAUGUCUUCCAGCCUCGCAAUAUCUUUCGGCUUAUUUUGAAUAAGAGCAAUACAAAUGCCAGUUUGUUGUGGCUUGUUCAUCAUAGCGUUAUUGAUGGCUGGUCCAUGAGUAACAUCAUCGAGCAAGUCCAAACACUUCUGGAGGGAAAGAUUUUGAGGGGCAUGCCUGCGCAGUUCUGGCAGUUCUCGCAAAAUUUAUCACAGAUCAAGCUUCCGAUGGAGAAGCAAAUGGAAUUUUGGAAGGAGGCACUGUCGAAGGUUGCCGAUGCUGUUCCAUUGACCCUUCCAAAGCCGAAGGAUGAAAUAUACGAGCAGCGCUUCGGCAUUACUACUGCCGAGGUUGACCUUGAAUUAACUCAGGCUGAAUACUUAUGUCGAACACAGGGUGUUACAUUGGCUGCAGUCAUACAUGCUGCCUGGGCCCUUCUGCUACGGUCUUAUACAGCACAGGAUCAGGUCAUAUUCGGAACUGUUUUCUCGGGUCGCGACUUUCCUUUCCAAGGGAUCGACACAGUCGUGGGCCCAACUCUGAAUACAUGUCCAUUUCCAAUCAGCCUUGUGGACUGCGAUAUCAAAUUUGACUUCAUUGCAAGCGUUCAGCGCCUACUACUUGAUAUCAGCUCACAUCAGUGGUCAUCGCAAGAAGCAUUACAAACCAUAAUGCCAGGGAGUCACUCAAGAGUUUAUCAGUCCACCUUAUUUCUGGAGUACAGCUUGCCAGGGCUUACAGAUUCUACCUGGAAAUUCUCUCGUGCCGAUGUUCCAGAAUUCGACUUGACCGUCAUUAUUCGGCAAGAAGGAGAUCAUAUCCUGCUCCGGGGUAUACAUAACCAGGAAAUUUAUGCGAAAAAAGUUAUGCAGCGCAUGAUGAUCCAUUUCCGAAACAUUUUUCUAGCACUGCUCGAUCCUCAAUGUUACACAAUACGUCAGGUUUGCGAAAGAAUGUUGGAGCCAAGCGAGUUUAUCUCUCUCAUUACAAAAUCCCCAACUCUCCUGAAUCCCUACAUAGGACCAUCUAAUCUCAAGGAUAGUUUUGAGUUAGGUGUUAACCAGUGGCCAGAAGCAAUGGCAGUUGAAUCGCUCACCAGGUCUAUGACAUAUCGGGAGCUAGACCAGCUGGGCAAUUAUAUCGCCCAAAUUAUUGCAGCCCGCGUUAGUCCUGGAGAUGCUGUGGGGAUAAUUAGUGAUCGAAGCUUUGAAUGGGUCAUUUCUGUCAUUGCCGUGAUGAAAGCUGGAACUAUUUACGUUCCGCUUGAUACGAAAUUACCUCACCAGAGAAUGCACAGCAUGAUACGGACGGCUGAAGUGAGACUCUGCAUUUUCCCUAACGAAUGCUCUCAUUCAAAGUUCCAAUCCAUUUUCCAAGAAAACAUCCUUUUGCAUAAAAUCCUGGAAGAGAAACGCGUGAAUAUGUGUCCUCAGCUCGAGACAACGGUGAUGGGAGAGGACAUUGCAUACAUCACCUUCACAUCUGGAUCUACCGGUAUUCCCAAAGGUGUUCAGAUCCCACAUCAAGCAGUGGUCUCAUACCUCGCCUAUGAGCCUGCUCGCAUGGGCGCUCGCCCAGGUCGACGCCACUCGCAAAUGUUUUCCCCGGGGUUUGAUGUCAAUCAAGCCGAGAUUUUUGGAACACUCUGCUUCGGAGCUACUCUUGUUCUAGUAGAUCCAGCAGAUCCAUUUGCUCAUCUAUCACGAGUUGAUGCAACUAUGAUUACACCAUCAUUUCUCUCGGUGUUGGAUCCUUCCGAUUUUUCGAAUAUUGACACCAUUCUCUUUGCCGGAGAGGCGGUUCCGCAGGCUCUUGCAGACCGUUGGACAAAUAAUAGAACUGUUUACAACUCCUAUGGUCCAUGCGAGUGCACAAUCGGGUGCUUGUUCAAACUUCUUAAUCCAUAUGAGGAAGUUACCUUGGGCCAAUCAAUUCCUCGCGUUGGAGUUUAUUUACUUGAUUCCCGGAAUCAACCAGUCCCCAUUGGUGUACCUGGAGAGAUUUGCCUGAGUGGCAUCCAAAUUGCCAAUGGAUAUAUCGGCGCUGACAUGGAAUCUGUUUCUCGUACACAUUUCAUCUCGGACCCAUUUGUGCCUGGAAAUCACAUGUAUCGGACCGGAGACUGUGCAAUCUGGACAGAGAAUAUGGAGCCUAGGUUUCUGGGACGAUAUGAUAACCAGGUCAAGAUACGAGGCUACCGGGUUGAGUUGAAUGAGGUCGAAAAUGUCAUUCGGACUGCCAGUCCGCAAGUUCAUCGGGCAGCAGUUCUUGUGAGCAAUCAAACCCUUCUUGCGUAUGUUGAGCCAGAAAAUGUCGAUAUCUCUGGUCUCCAAGUAGCCCUUCGAGCCAGAUUGCCUGAUUAUUCUUGCCCUUCGAUCAUUUUCUCACUUCCUGUUCUACCUACGAUGCCGAAUCAGAAGCUUAAUCGCAAAGCAUUGCAGUCGCAUUUGGAUCUAUCAAGGAAACCAAGUCAAAUUCAGUUGACAUCACUCCAGUCUUUGAUGGCUCAAGUUUGGCGCGAAGCGAUAGGCCUUCCCGAAACCCGGGAUUUUGACGCAGAGUCGGACUUUUUGGCACUCGGAGGUAAUUCUCUUUCACAGAUCAAAGCAGCUCAAAUCGCCAGUCGUCGACUGAACACAAAACUGCCCAUGGGUUUGUUCAUUUGGAAUACGACUUUGUCGGGAUUAUGCAAGAAGAUUACAAGUCAUUUGCCAGAUGAACAUGGGCUGUCUUAUCAGCGGUCUUUUACUUCAACCUGGAAAACUGCCAAACCACCAUACAGAAGUGUCUCUCAUAUUGAAGAAGAGAUCUUCAAAUUGUCAACAUUGUCUCCAACACCUCAAGCCUUCAAUGUGACCUGUCACCUACGAUUAUUAGGAGACAUUGACCUGAGAUUAUUCGAGAAAGCCAUUGCACGAGCCACUUCUCAUGAUCCACUUCUCCGGAGUUUAUUUAAAGUCAUUGAUGGUAGCAUCUCACGGGAGCAGACUAAUGCUUCCUGUGAAGUAAUCAUGGACAAGGUGUCUGAGAUCUCAAUCAGCAGCUUUGUAAACCGACCGUUUGAUCUGGCUGUUGGUCCACUAUCCAGAAUCAUGAUCACUCAAAACAGUUCAUGGGUCGAUAUGAUCAUUUCGCAACAUCACAUAAUUACGGAUAAGGUUGCGAUGAAGCUGCUUCUGCAAGAUAUUCGAGAUGAGUAUCUCCAUUCCAUAGAAAGCGAUUCUGAAACAAGGGGGACUGUGCCUGCACAGGGAAUCCCAGACUACACUAUCUGGGCCCAAUGGCAGAAAGAUCAUCAGUCAUCUUUGUUCACUCGGAAUGAACAUGCCGCAUACUGGCGAAACAAUCUACUCGAUUUGCCUAGUCCCUUAUUUCGAUCGCCUGUGGAGGGUUCUAGAUCCUUUGUUGGACACUCACAAUCUGUGAAAUUGAAAAAACCCCAAGCCCUCGUGGGAUCAAUGGCACUUUACGUCGCUCUUGUGGGAGAUGCACUUACAAAGUUUCAAGGACUUCAAGAUGUCAUCGUCGGCAUACCGCAUAUUGAUCGCGCUGAGCCUGGUACUGAAGAUCUUCUGGGCUGUUUUCUCGACCGCCUACCCGUACGCGUAAAUUUAUUAUCCAAAAGCCUCAAUGAUUUCGAAGAUCUCAUAAAAACAGUGCAAUUUUCGAUACAAAAUGCCUUAAUACACUCCAUUCCCCUUAAAGACAUUCGGAAGAUCACUGGGCAACACGAGCUUUUCCAAGUGAUGGUCGUUUAUAACAGAUGGGAAGAUUCCAUCACAAAAAGUAUCGAGUUUCCAGAUAUCAAAUUGGAAUCUGGACAUUGCAGAACGACAGGUGCGAAGUUUCCGCUUCUGGUUGAAUUCACUGAAGAGGAACACCAUACAUUGUGUGAUUUUGAAUACAUGGAAGAUAUGGUCUCCGCGGAAGCUGUUGCUUUGAUUUUAGAGACAAUGAGGGAGACAUCCUCUCUGUUAUAA